AUGAAUUUCACAGGCUCAAUGAUUACCCCUUCUUCAAGAAAACUCUACUUCACUUUCCCACCUCACAGUACUUUCAGAGAGGAAGAUGUUUUCUGUUACUUCAGUAUUUUUGGACCUGUUCAAGAUGUGAGGAUUCCUUACCAGCAGAAGCGUAUGUUCGGCUUUGCUACCUUUCUUUACCCUGAGACGGUGAACCUCGUUUUAUCUAAACGAAACCCUCAUUUUGUUUGCAAUGAUUCUGUUAUUGUUAAGCCUUACAGGGAGGAGACGGUGAACCUCGUUUUAUCUAAACGAAUCCCUCAUUUUGUUUGCAAUGAUUGUGUUAUUGUUAAGCCUCACAGGGAGGAUAUUGUUAAGCCUCACAGGGAGACGGUGAACCUCGUUUUAUCUAAACGAAUCCCUCAUUUUGUUUGCAAUGAUUGUGUUAUUGUUAAGCCUUACAGGGGAGAAAUUCCAGACAAGAAGCUCGCGACAAAGAACGUUGAAGUUAAUGAUAUUGUACACAAAGACAUGCUCAGCGAUUUACCCGAUUGCGUUAUCCUUCACAUACUCUCUUUUUUGAGUAUCAAACAUGCAGUUGGAACAUGCAUUUUAUCGUCAAGAUGGAAGGAUCUCUGGAAAUGUCUUCCUGCAUUUAUAUUUCGUAGAUCGGAUUUUCCAACUAAUAAGAUAUUCACUGAAUUCGUGUCUAAGGUUUUAUUACUUCGCGAUUCCUCUGUCUCACUGCACACUCUUGACAUUGAGAAUAGAUCUAUUCCCGUGAAGCCGCACAUACUUGAAUGGUUUGUGAAUUAUGCUAUUUCACACAAUGUUGAACGCUUGCGACUUAGUGUAACUAGUGGCACUGCACAAAUUCCUGUUGCCUUAUUUUCAUCUCAGACUUUAACACAUCUUACCCUUUCUAUUUGUUAUGGUUGUCAAAUCCUGUUUCCAAAAUCUCUCAAUUUGCCAGCAUUAUCUACCUUGGAACUAGAGUAUUUUACUUUUUCUGUUGACGAUAAUGAUUGUGCCGAGCCAUUUUCGACCUUUAAUAUGUUGAAUCGUUUGCUCAUCUCUGAUUGUACUGUGAAAGGUUUGGGAACCCUCUACAUAUCAAAUGCGGCGCUCGUCAAUUUUACUAUAUUCAGUGACUUGGAAAGUUAUAGUAAAAUUGUUCUUUGCACUCCAAGUCUUUGUACAUUUGCAUUUCGUGGUGUUCCUUAUCGGGAUAUCUUUGGGAGCAAUAUUUCUUCUCUUAAACAUGUAGAUAUUGACGCAAUUGACGCAGGAGUAUUUCCAUAUAGUUGUAGGUCUCCUUUGAUUCUGUUCAAUUGGCUCUCCGAGUUCGAUAAUAUAAAAUCGUUGACAGUCACUGCAAGCACCCUUCAGGUUCUCUCUUUAAUUCCUGGUUUGUUGAAGAUUAAGAUCCCUUCCUUGGGUAAAUUGAAGUCAUUGAAAGUGAAAAUUGACGAAAUUCAAUAUGAACUUCGUCUGACAUUGUGCCAUGAAAAGUUAUGGAACAUCGAGUCAAAGAAAGAAGCUGCCAGGAUACAAAAAGCAUUUGAUUUAGGAUUGGAACCGUAUCCGCUCGUACCUGAUGGAAUUGUGGACUUCUUGCUUCAAAAUUCACCCUCGGCUGAAGUUGACUUAGUUGAUUGCAGAAAAAAACCUCUUAGAAAGAGACAUUUAUAA